CGACACAAUAAGCGGAAGGGAAGGAGAGUUCCAGAAAGAGCUGCGGCUGCAAACAAACUGAAAAACAACAACAAAAACAACAUUAUAUACAGCUGAACUACAUCACAAGCGCUUAUACAGUGCACUAUAAACUCCAGCAGUCGAUAGAUCAGUGUGGCUAUCUGUCGAUCAUGACGACUAUUGAUUACAGUGUUUGGGAUCAUAUCGAGGUGUCUGACGAUGAAGAUGAUACACACCCGAACAUCGACACACCGAGUCUGUUCCGCUGGAGACACCAGGCUCGUGUGGAGCGCAUGGAGGCCUUUCUGAAGAAAGGUGAGGACAUCGAAAAGAGUUUGAUGGAGAGCAAGAAGAAGUUGGCAGAAGUGCAGCGGCGGGUACAGGAGUUGAGCGUGGCAUCCACAGACGAGAGUAAAGCGGAGCUCAUCAAAGCUCAAGUGGAGGAGAAACGUCUGAAAAAAGAGGAGAGAUCGUGGCAGAAGAAGAUUGAUGAACACCGUACGGAGGAGAAGAAGAUGCCCUGGAACGUGGACACGCUCAGUAAAGAGGGCUUCAGUAAGAGUGUCGUCAAUGUAAAGCCAGAGAAAAAGGAGGAGACUGAGGAAGAGAAAGAAGAGAAACACAAAACCUUUGUGGAGAAAUACGAGAAACAGAUCAAACACUUUGGGAUGUUGCGGCGCUGGGACGACUCUCAGAAAUAUCUGUCUGAUAAUCCUCACCUGGUGUGCGAGGAAACGGCCAAUUAUUUGGUCAUCAUGUGCAUCGACCUGGAGGUGGAGGAGAAACAUGCACUGAUGGAGCAGGUGGCGCAUCAAACUAUCGUCAUGCAGUUCAUUCUAGAACUGGCCAAGAGUUUGCAGGUGGAUCCACGUGGAUGUUUCCGCCAGUUCUUCACCAAAAUCAAGACUGCAGAUCAGCAGUAUCAGGAUGCAUUUAAUGAUGAAUUGGAGUCGUUUAAAGAGCGUGUCGGCCGAGCCAAGAUUCGGAUUGAGAAAGCAAUGAAAGAAUAUGAGGAAGAGGAGCGUCAGAAGCGUUUGGGUCCCGGUGGUGUUGAUCCAGCGGAGGUGUACGAGUCCCUGCCUGAGGAGAUGCAAAAAUGCUUUGACAAUAAAGACAUUCAGAUGCUGCAGGAAACCAUCAGCAAAAUGGAUCCAACGGAGGCCAAAUACCACAUGAAGCGCUGCAUUGACUCGGGCUUGUGGGUGCCUAACUCUCGAGGAGCAGAUGAGGAUGCAGAUAAAGAUGCAGAUGAGCCGCAGUACGAGGAGGUGCAGAAACAAGAUCAAUGACAUCAUCAAAGCAGACGUAACAUGACAACAGAGCUUGACCCCUGACCCCAGCGUUCUGUUAUUCAGAUUAUUAUAAAUAAAGUCCAUGUAACUAAUGGCAGUCAUCCUGAUCUUUAACUUCGCGCCUGUCUCGCAAUAGUUUUGAUUUAUCAGCGAUUGUUUUGCUUUCAAUAGUGGUUAUGUGUAAUUAAACUGCAGCUGUCACUCCAUUAACCCAUAACUGAACUGAAUCUAUGAAUGAACUGGAUUAUCAUCAUGAUAGAUUGUUUGAUCGGAUGUUUCUCAGAUGUUGGUUUGCAUCAGUAUUACACAUUAGAAAUGAAUCAUCAAAAUGGAUAUGAAGUAGGUUUCUUCAGUUUUCUCUGUCUCUUAGUGCAUGUACAGAUAAACAUGGGCUGAUGGGUAAUCUGAGUUUCUGUCUCACACACCGAUGUUUUAGUUUGGUUCUUCUCAAACUUUUUGACUUCAACUCUAGCCAAGACAAUGAGAUUUCCUCUUGUUCUUCUGUCAUUUGUUUGCAAAUGUUUAUCAAAUGUGGAGUCAAUAAUCAAAUAAAAAAAGAACUUUUAAGGACUAAUUUCUAAAAUGAAAACUAGCAAGUAAACGGAGAAACUUUUUGUCGCAUCUUGAGUUUUGGCAUUGUAAUUUAGAUGAUGUGAAAUAACCCAAGUCAUCUUGUGUGCAUCUGCUUGAGAACUGCUGCUGAGUUACCGCAAUAAAAACAGAUAAAGAAUGAAAAUAA